AUGUUGCAACUUUUCACCAAUCAUAUCACUGACAUUGGAGCAAAACACAUUGCAAGGAUUAUUGAAGAGUGCCCCCAUUUCCGACGGCUUGCACGUGGAAACAACAGAAUUACCGGUGAAGGAGGGAGGUACUUGGCUAAUGCAAUUCAAAGGAGCAAAACCAUCUACUAUGUGGGCAUGUGGGGUAACAAAAUUGGAGAUGAAGGCGCUAAACACUUUGCAGAGGCCAUAAGGAACCAUCCCAAUUUGUCAGCUGUGAGCCUUGCCGCCAAUGGAAUAACAUUCAUUGGAGGGAGAAGUCUGGCUGCUGCACUCAAAGAGAACACGGUUCUCAAGUGUCUCUGGUUGCAUGAAAAUGAGUUGACAGACGAUAAUGCAGCAGAUUUCGCUGAUGUCAUAAGGUCCAGUACAUCAAUACAUCAACUCUGGUUCAUAAACAACAAGAUGACGGUGAAUGGAGUCAGGCUACUGGCCAGUUCCCUUCAAUACAACCCAUCAAUUACAAUGUUGUGGUGAGACUUCCUUUA